CGUUUCGCCGGACUCAAGAACGUUUCUGGAUCGAUACUAGAGCGUGCGAAAAUGAAAGUCGCCAUCGUGCUCACCGUUGUGGCCGUGCUCGGGUUCAGCUGUUUGGCAGUGGCCCAGAACCACAACUACUUCUUCGGGGCCCGAAAGCCGUACGAUACGCUCGUCAACACGACGACCUACAUCAGACCGGGUGGCUUCCUGCGAGUGAGGACCGACAACCUGGAGUACCCGCUGAAAGGGCAGCGGGGCCGUAACAUUACCGCGAUCUACGUGUACGAUCGGAUCGGUGGUGGCCGCGGAGGAUACGCCAACAUUGUGUGGGGUGGCAUUGGCAAGAACUACACGCGCGUCCACCUGAAGAGCCAGCGAGGACUCGGCAUGAACUUCCAGGUGGAAAUCUACGGCCUGUAGACCGGGACCGGGCGGUUGAGCAGGUUGGGCGGAAAACGAAAUAUACAUAAAAUGCAAGUGUUUGGAACUUGAAACGACCGGUAGUGUUUUGUUGUGUCCACUAAAAUGUCGUGAGAAAGAGACAUUGGCCCCCGGGUCGGGCCAGGCUAGAGAU